GAAGCGCACACUGGCGCAGCACUGGCAUCACCGCCGAGGGUCGUUGGUGACAGCGCGUCCUCCUGCUCACAUCCGGCUGCAUCCUGCUCGUGGCAGCUUCCAUGGCGAAAACAGUCGCAUCAUCCGGCGCAGUAACAGGUGAAAAGAUGACACCACCAUCCGUCACUCUACUUCCUGACAAGAGAUCUCCGACAAACGCUCACAGCUCUCCGGCCCGAACUGGAAGAACCACUCCAUCUAACACAGAGAAAAAGCCACAAAUGAACGGACACCCGUCCCCCUCACAUGUGGCAGUAAACAAUGCAGGUAAACAAAUUGUGGAGGGUUACAUGAAGACAGACGACAGGAUGCGGUUAGCCAAAGAGAGACGUGAGGAGAGGGAGAGAAGUCUGGCGGGCCGGGAGCAGCUAAUCAGAGAGAAGGAGCGCAGAGCUCGGCUGCAGUACGAGCGCACGGUGGAGGAACGCUGGAGGCGGCUGGAGGAGCAGAGGCAGAAAGAGGAGCACCGCAGAACUGCAGUGGAGGAGAAGAGGAGGCAGCAGCUCGAGGAGGACAGGGAGCGACUGGAGGCCCUGAUGAAACGCUCUCUUGAGCGAAGCCUUCUGCUGGAGCAGAGGACCAAACGCUGGGGCCGGGGCUGCCCUUCAGGAGCAGGUGACAGUGAGAAUGCCCCACUCCCUUUCUCUGCUGCCUCCGCCUUUUCCCAUGGCAUUGCCUCCCCCCUUCCUGCUGUCAGCGAAUCUGCACCCUGCAGUCCUCACAGGUCGCCUUUCUGCAGCUCGCUGAACCCUGCAGAUCACAACAGAGCUGGCCUUCAGGGAGGCUCUCAGUCCACUCCCAACACCCCCAAGAAAGACCGGCUGCGCAGAGAGAGAAGAACUGCAUCACCAGGUUGCGGAUCACCUGUGAGAAGAUCUGAAUCCCCUGCUAGUGUCACCCGGCACUUGGCUUCGCCUACUACCUCCAAGCUGGCGUCUAAGAUACGCGCCCCGUCUCCGAGCAAUGCACAUCAGUACCAUUGCUCACCAACAAGACAUCGUCCAAACGUGUCAAGUGAGGACAGGAAAGCAGAAAACAAGAAGGUGGAAAAACAAAGUGAUCAAUCCAGAGCUGAGACCCCAUUGGAAAAAAAAAAGGACACGAGCGGCACAAAUCCAUCUUUACAAGCUGAGAAGAACGUGGCCAACACUGAGAUCAAUAAAACAAAGUUUUCUAAGGGUGAAAAGUCUGACAAGCGCCUCAAAGGCGACACAUGUGAAAACAACCAGUCCCCUGACAGAAAGGACCACGUGUCUCCCAAAGUGGAUUCCUCAGAGAAGAAGACACAGAGCGUUGUUCAGGAUGAAGACAAGAAAAAAGAAGCAGCACCAUGCACAGGGAAGGUGGCAGCUGGCACAACAAAUGCAGAGGAGGCGACCAGGCUGCUGGCAGAGCGUCGGCGUCAGGCUCGAGCUCAGAAAGAACUGGAGGAGAAAAAACGUGAACAAGAGGAAGAACAAAGACUAAAGGAUGAGCAGCUCAGGAAGCAACUCGCACAGGAGCAGCGGCAGCAAGAAUUGAAGGCUCAACAAGCAAAGGAAAAGGGGAAGAAUGAGGAAGAUCUUCACCGGCUGAAACAAAAAGAAGAGAAACAAAAGAAGGAGGAGCAGGAGAGGGAGCUAAACACCCAGAUGGACAAAGAGAGAGAAAAAGUCCAGGCUCAAGAGGACGCCGAGCGCCAGCGGCAAGACAGAGACCUGCAGAAGCAACAUGAGGAGGAGGAGAGGCAACUGAGAAAAAAGAGAAUUGAGGAGAUCAUGAAGAGAACGAGGAAGGGUGAAGCUGACUUGAAGGAGGAGCAGGUGGAGACGAAGUCCGUCUCACCACCAGAAUUAACCAUAUUUGGAGGAGCGGGGGUGGGCCUGACUGAGAGCUCACACCACUACACGUCCACCUACAUCUGCGACCUGCACCUAUUUGACGGGGAUAUAAAGACUGUUCAAACUAAUGCUCAGGUGAAAGAGCAAGCAUCCACAAAUGUUGAGUUUCAGGUUAAAGAGCUGGUCACAGUCCAGGUCAACACGAAGGAAUGUGCCCUGGUGAAGAAAGAAGCAGCGGCACAGAUGAACAAUCAGAAGAGUGUGCAAAAUAAAAACAACACUCAUCAAGUCACACCGACACACAGUGUUCCUGAGAAGAGGCCUGACACCAAACGAACCAGUGAAGAGUGUGACAGCAAACUUAACAAAGGAAGCGAGGCCUGUGAUCUCAAGCAGCGGGGAAGUGAAGUGAAGAUGAAUGUGAACAGGCAGCACAUAGAAACUGUAAAAGCCACAGAUCAAAUUAAUAAAGAGCCUACCAAGCUGAGAGCAGGUGCCAAAGCCAACCAAAAGCAGGGUGCUAUGAUGAAUGGAGCACUGAAGGGUAAAGGAAGUGCCUUGAUAAGUAGCCGUCUAACUGCUGAGGGAAGCAAACAACAAAGCCCGCAUGUGUCAGCAGCUGAGAGGGAAGAUAAAGGAGGGUCCCAGGUGGAGGUUAACAGACCCCCAGUUACACCCCUGCCGUUGGGACACCUGUCACCGCCAAUCAUCAAGCUGGAGCCACUGGAUGUGAAGAGGACGGGGUUAUGUGAUGAGGUGCAGUCCAUGGAGGUCAGCCCAGCUUCAAAGGAAGAACUGAUCUCAAUCCAAGAGUUCUCGCCUGUCAACGAAGUCCAGCACAUUGGCCUGAGUAACACCCGUGCUCUAGAAGAUCUGUUGGACCUGACAGGCGGCGUCACCUUCCCCAAACUGUCGUCUGACGGCAACAUUGGCGACUGCAACAAGAACCUCAUUGAGGGUGUUGUUAGUCCCAUGUCAGACUCAAAGCUCAUUGGGAUGUCGCCUUCGUCCUCAAAUAAACUUAGCAUCCAGUAGUCUAUUAAUCUCUCUUUCUCUCCCUCUCUCGCUUGCCUUCUUUCUCUCUCUUCCCGCCCCUCACAUACAUACACCUCACAGUGUGUCACAUUUUUUUGCCCAGUGUCAUUACAUUUAUGGGAAUAGAGCCAUAGAAAUUACAUUUAAAAUAUAUAUAUAAACAUUGACUUGCAAUAGAACACAUCGCCUAUAUUCUAAUCACAUAGCUGAUAGCAUAGCAUAGUGUGCGUCUGUGCAUGGAGAGAGGGUGUGUCUGAAUAUGUGAAAUAAUAUCAGGGUUUUGGCUAUAGGAAUUUAGAGAAAACACACUGUUGCUAAGGUACUGUAGCUUGGAAAGAAUCUUUAGUCCCCCCAGUGCAGUCUCAUUACUGGAAUAAUAAAACCUGCUCAGAGCUGCGAUGACUGCAUUUGUACCUCUGUCUCUCCACACGUCCUCUUGAGCCUGUCAGUGUAACCCAGUGUGUAGCUGGGAAAAGCAUGACUCACUUUCACGACAGCCUGAUUCUGAAUACUUCGAAAAUGUCCAGGUAAUGUUACUCAUGCAUGUACUGAUGUUUGGUUUUGCUGAGAUGUAAAGGAUUUACAUCGAAGUCUGAUCAGGGCUGAUUAGGGUUUUUUCUCUUUGCAAUGAGACAAUUCCCUUGAAUCCUUCUGGUCCCUGACUGGGAGUUUCUAACAGCACGCGAGUGUGAAAGAUUGGUUCAAAGCUGUCAACUUGAAUGUUGUUACACUAAAAUGAUUAUAUAUCACUACAAGUUUGUCGCAGCCUGCAGUGGAUCGCUAACUCUGACUUUUGCCGAAAUAUACAGUACAGUACUGCAUUCGUAAAGGUUUAUUUCAGUGGCAAGACGCCUGUUUUUAAUGAUUGAUUAAAUGGAGGUUUUAUGACGAAAAUACUGACAGCUCAGCAACUUCAUGUCAUUUAAAACAUUAUUUUCUGUGGGUGUGCCUUGCUAUGUGGAAACGUUUCCAGGUAGGUAUUACUGCGUAACAAUCAACAUAAGUAAAUGUACCCUGUAGCUAUAAAGAUGCUGUUUUUCUCCCUUCAUGUGGUCAUGUAUAGGAAUUUUCUCCUGUUUAUUUGUUGAGCAAUUCCUAAAAUUGAAAAUAACUGAAAAUGUUCAUUUCUUGUGCUAUGUCUAAAUGUCAUUUUAGUAGAGAUGCCUUAUGGGGGACUGAUAGUUACUUUAUUUGUGUUCCUGAACAUUUCACAGAGUAAGUUUGUUGUUUCCGAUUGGCCACUGGUACUGUUGUAUGUGACCUGUAAUACUUGAACCUUUGUUUCGAAAUGCAUAAUUUCCUCCACGCUGCAAACAAAUAUGAUAUUACAACAUACUAUUUUGUCACUUUAUAAAGUGACGUGUUUCUCAGACAAUGCAUAACCCGGUUUAAGCUUUCUGAAUCACUGUAUAGGUGAUGUAGCCAUACACUAUAUCUGCAAAUUCAAACAGCUGUUCUACAUUUAAUGAAAUUGUUGUUGUUGUUUGUUUUUGCAAAGGGUACUGAGCUUGAGGAAAAGCAAAUAAGUGCAAAGAAAAUUUUCAUAUAACCAGUCUUUUCAAACACAUAUGAACAAUCUUUCACAACUAGAUUUACUCUUUAAGUGACAUCAUUUCUGUAGACAUUGUGCAUGGUUAGCAUGGUCAUGAUAAUGUUAUCUGAAACAAUAAAAUAUAAAAACUGUAA